GUUUUAGAACCAAGCACUGAGACAACUUCAACUACUGAAGCCGAUGAAGCUGCCUUUUAUUUCAGUUGUAGGUAUAACACAUACUGGCAUUUUCUGACUGAUAAGACAUGUUGAUGUAAACACCCUAGCUCGAACCUACAAGAUGGGAAUUGUGACAGGAGAUUUGUAAAAAACCCAAAAUGAUAUUUUACAACAGUUGAGGUACAGUAAAAUUGACAGCUUUGCUCCUUAAAGUACUACGUUAUCACUGAAUCCUGCAUCACCAUACGAAACACUGUUGAGUACCCCCCUUUCUUCCCUCCUUCCUUUCCAAGUGUGUGCGCCAAUUGCCCCUAAGCAAGGUUGGUCUUCGAAAAAACUGCAUAGCCCAUGCGAAGUCAAUUCUUUACAGAAACCAAGGUCUACGUCAGUAAAAUGAAACCGCUUUGACAGUGGAAGUAAUUCAUGAUCUCGGAUGUUUGUCCCAAACAAAUCUAGCACGCGCAAUGCUCUAGGAACCGAAAUGAGUGUUAGUUGCAGUAACGCAAGGAGACUUUCUCAAAUACCCUGGCUGCCCGCAGAGAGUUGCUUGGAAUAACUACUUCAUUUUCCAAGGUUGUCUGCCCAUGUUGAACUUAAAUCGGCGUGAAGAUCAAUUUGCACAGCGCAAGAAACUGCUUAGACACUAGUGCAGUUUUAGUCAAGUCAGCAACAGAAAGAUAAGAGAGAAUUUCCCAUAGAAUAACAACUGGGAGUUGUGUAAUCAUGAUGGUUAAGUUAUGUGAGAAGUCUCUGAGACUAAUAGAAUAAUCAACUGAACAGCAAGUUUAUUUCACUGCAAUCGAGAGAUUUUGGUUAAUGAAUCCAGUGAGAUUUGCUCACUCACUUGUGAAGGAAUCCGUUUGUUAGUUUCACGUAUUCCACGUGUCUGUUUGCGAAACUUUCCAGUGGGUAGUACAUCUUAAGAUUAUUAGACGAUUUUCAUAAAGAGAACAGUUAAAAAACUACGAGUAUCAUUUUUCAUAUGAGAACAGUUUAGGUUGGAUAGUCAUAAAGGGAGCGAUAGGGUGACUAGCAUCAUCCCUCAUUUUCAUCUACGGAACGUUUCCAAUCCUUUUUAGAUGCCUAGCUCAGUCAGCUCGCCCGAUAGAGAGACCCGCCGGGAAUGGAAUUUACAUUAAGGUGAUAGAGGUAAUAUUUAGUACUAGACAAAUUAAAUUAUUUCUGGGAGGGAUUUUUGACAAACGAGUUCCCAUUUUCAUAAACAAAGGUAAAAAAUACGACUUUUAUGUAAGACCUAACUGGUACCCAGAGAGUAAAUUUGAUUGGCUUACUUAUUUUUCUUUGAUCACAGACAGGCAUUCAAACGGAGGAAGUGGAAGAACCGGGGCUGACAGAAGGAAUUGACAAAAAGGCGAUAGAGGUAAAGUUUAUUACUAAACAAAUAAAAUUAUAUAUGGGAGGGAGUUAGAAAAAAAGAACCUUAAUAUAUUGUUUUCAGACGAAAUUUAUCAAGUCCAUAUAAGAUGUACUUGGUCAAGAGACUUUUAUGUAAGACCUAGGCUUACUUAUUUUUCUUUGAUCAUAGACAGGCAUUCCACGAACGGAGGAGGUAAAAGAAGCGGGCCUCAAACAAACGGCGACGGGAGAAACCCGCCAAAUAGAGGUAAGUUAAUUCAAAACGUUUACUUUAAAAAUUCUUCUGUUUACAAGAAACUUGGCUACCUUAUCUAUCUCUCUGGCUCCGGUUGUUCAAAUGUUGGAUAGAGCUAUCCAAAGGAUAAAUCACUAUCCAGCGGAUAGCGUUAUUGGUUUCCCUAACACUUAUCCGCUGGAUAGUGCUAUCCAACGUUUGAACAACCUGGGCAGAGCUUUUUAAGAUCUUAAAGCCGAGAAGACAAGUAUGUGAAAUAUAGCCGCGUUUUAGCUAGAAAUGUAUUGUGUGAUUGUAUCACUGACCCAAGUAGUACGAGAAAUAUAAAAAAAGAAAAAAGAGUGAGGUAGCUUGUUGUGUAGAAGACGAGAACAUAUUUUUGGUUUGUUCGUUCCUUUUUUUGGUGACUUUAGCCAAGAACAUGAACAGGUCCUUAAAAAUAGCCAGCCACACAGAGCGAUUUUUCUUGGUGGAACGAAAUCUUUUUGCGAGAAAACCGGAUCGGGUGCAACUACCGGUGGCAUAUUGACGGUAGUCCAAAAAAAUUUAGUCGAAAGGACGACUCUAAACGGAUGAAAAAAGGGAUGGUCUUCUUAGCAUUGUCCAUAAUUACAAACGUGCUACAACUUACAACGCCUUAUCCCCGUUUUUUUAGUAAUGUAUGGUCUAAUUAUUUUCCUUUUUUCAUCAGAAACCCACGGAUCCGGUUCCUCUGACAUCAUUAACCGUAAACGUAAGCGAACUGUUAUGGUGUUUUAGAGUAGUUUCUUUAGGAUGCUAA